AUGAAGCCAUUGCAAAAUGAAGUGAGAGAAGUAGCCAAAGGCAAGGACGAAAUCGAUGAGCAAAACUUGGAGAAAAUACCUUAUCUAAAAGCAGUGUUGAAGGAGAGUCUAAGGCUGCAUAUACCGAUCCCAUUACUAAUCCCUCGUGAAUCAACACAAUACACAAAUGUAUUCGGCUACGACAUCACAUCUGGUACACGUGUGAUGAUCAAUGCUUGGGGGAUUUCUAGGGACCCAUCAUUGUGGAAAAAUCCGGAGGAACUUCGUCCGGAUAGGUUUCUUGAGACUAGAAAAGACUUUAGAGGUAAAUCUGAUCCAGAAUUAUAUCUGUUUAUUGGGUUGAGAUACCAUAGCAGGGAUGCUGUGCACAUCUCCACCUUUGAAUAA